AUGGGGCCAUCGAAAAGAGAAGAGGAAGGGCAGAGCAUAAUCCUGAUCAGCGAUGAUGAAACGGAGAGCACGCUUGGGAAUUCAGUUCUAUUAGUAGACCCAUUGGGUAAGUACUGUGCUCUUGUUGUCGAUGAAUCUGCCCUGGAGGAGGAGAAAUCUGAAGAAGUUGUGGAUGAGGAAUGUGAACUAAUGGUUACUUUCUGUAAACAAGCAAAAGUGAUGCCUCAUGCAAGAUAUGACUGUACAAUACACCCGUUUGAGCGAAUGGAAUGUGAUACAUGCUCACCCCUUGGAAAAAAUGCUGAUAUUUGUAAUCAGUGCUACUGCUACAUUUGUGAUAAACUAGCUUCUGAGUGCCAGAACUGGACAACUGCUUCCCUUUGUCACUGCAAUGCACACAACAAAAGCAAAUUCUGGAAGGACCAGCGUGACUUUGCCUUGGCUGGUGUUCUUGUAACGUUCAAUUUGGAGCUCACAGAUAUAGAUGCAGACCUUCGGCAUGGUGAACGGGAUUCAGCAUUUACUCGAUGGUAUUCUGGAGUUUUUGCGCUGGUAACAAGAUUUUUAAAUCAGGCAGAAAGAGAGAGUCCUAAAGCUGCUGCCAUCAUGUUUCUGGGAGCAGCUAAAGAGAUAGCACUUCAUAAAGACCCUGCUUUAAGCUGGCAGAACCUUGGUCAUACUGCUUCAUUGAAGAUUGCUGUCCCUUGUCUGUUGCAAAGGAUCACAACACAACUUCAGAGGAUGCUGGUGUUGUGUGACUUUCCAAAAAACUUGUAUGAAAAGUUUGUUAAUUUUUUUCAGUCUAUCUCACUUCCAUGUCACUGUUUUGGCUUCUCAAAUAGCUUGAAUGUUGUGCCAUGGGACCAUGUAUUACUGACCACUGUUUUAAAAGGCCAAAACAUCACUGGUCAAAGAACACAGAAAGGAAGAAAAGUAUUCCUGUGGGAAACGCUCCCUGUUAUAGAAGCUCGAGUGGAGAAAUUGGUAGACAAAAAGAACUAUAAAGAAGUUGUUCGCUACUUGAGAGCUGUGAAGUGCAAUGAUACCAAAGGGUUGAGAGACCUUCGAGAUAAAAUCCCAUUCUAUUUGUGUAAAACUGGAGACUUCCUCGACGCUGCGCAUUCACUGUUGUUUCCCGUCAACAGCACUGCCUGCUGUACUGCCUGCCGGAUAACACCUCUCCAGUUUGAGGUCUACCUGAAGAUGUUCAGAACAGGCAGUGUCCCCACGGGAAAGGAUAUGCUAGACUCUGGGCCCUGGAUGACAGUUGGUCCUCCCUUGAAAGAUGGUGUUCUAAUUAAGCAGGCGCUCAAACUCCUUUACAGCAAUGUGUCACUAUACAGGAAUGGGGUGCUUGCUGCCAGCGGUGGCCUUUUGGAGGAACUGAAGGCAAAAAUGAAUGUUUCUUUACCACCUGCUAUUUUCUCUCCUCAUUUGCACCAUGAGGCUUGUCUUAUUCUUGCAGUACAAGCAGUACAACAGAUGCUUUUUUGUGAUCUUCCAUACUUGACUUCCUUCUUAGAAAUAGCCCUGGCUUUUGGGAAUAACUUUUGGGCUCUGAGACUGUUAUUGGACCAUCUUUCCUAUGAAGAACAGAUUCUCCAUGGCACUGUCAACCUGAUUUUGAGAGAUCUAAAUCGUCAGAAAGCAACAAUGCUAAAACUGUGGCAAAACCUUGGUCCUCAGUAUGUGGGUGAAUUCCUCUGCCUGUUCCUGACUUGCAGACAUAAGAAGAUGCAGUCCAUUGGCCUGUUCACUCUAAAUAUUAUUACAGAGAAUCUGCAUAU